AUGAGUGAAUCAGCUGAGAACCCGAGUCCGCUUCCUCGCCGGACCCGCGUCGCCUGCAAAGCCUGCCACGCCCGGCGGGUGAAAUGCGAUGCCGGCGACGGGCAGCCGUGCUGGCAUUGCCGGACCCGUAACACGACUUGCGAGCUGAUAGAAUCGAGACGCGGCAAAUAUACGCGACAGAGUCGUGGUCAGCCAAAGGACCGUCGUGUUUCUCGUCGGCUCCGAGAAACCCGAGAGCCGUCAACCGAUGUGGUCCAAUCUUCCCCUGACAUUGCUCUCAACACGCCAAACAGCAUCUCCAGCCCAAAUGGCCAGGACGCGCCACAACCUCAAGAUGAAGACACCAGCGCCGGUUUCCCACAGCCCAAUGUCUCUCAGCAAACCCAAACCCAAACAAAUGCCCGAUCAUAUUGUCUUGGUGACUCCAACAGUUUAUCCUACAUCAUCGAAAUGAUAUGCAGUCCAAGGGGUGGAGUCGCCGAGCCUGUCAAGGUGCACUACCCUAUUCCCGCCUCCAUCGCCGACCGUGCAGUUCUUCCAAACAGGCCACAAGUAGAGGUCACCAGCUUACAGGAUGCUCUCAUAAUGCCGCCGCGAAAUAUAUCUGAUCGAUUGAUUUCUUCAUUUUUCAACAUAAUGCAUCCAGCAUUUCCAGUCGUAAAUCGGCGCGUCUUUAUCGAGCAAUACAAACUCGGACAAGCAUCUCCUCUCCUGCUUCAGGCCGUCUUCCUCAUCGCCGUCACCCUCUGCGACGACAAUCUGAUCCAAGAUGCGGGAUUUUUAGACCGUGCGACUGCAAGAAAGACAUAUUAUCUCCGCGCAAAGACUUUAUAUGAUGUUGAUCAUGAGACGGAUCGUAGUAAUAUCGCUUCCGCGCUGUCACUCAUGGGGUUUUGGUGGAAUGGACCAGAUGAUCAAAAGGAUUCGUGGUAUUGCAUGGCCCGCUCUGAACUGAGUCAAGAGACGCGAUCGCUCUGGAGGCGGAUAUGGUGGUCCAUCUACUCUCGAGAUAGACACACCGCGGCUUGUCUAGGGCGGCCAUGCCGUAUUAGAGAUGAAGACUGCGAUAUUGAGCUUCUCACUGAAGACGACCUCCGCUUUGACGAAUGCUACGAUGAGGAGCUUAUACCUUCCCAAAAAGACCACCACAUUUCCUAUUUCAUCGAGAUGAGUAACUUGGCAGUAAUACUCGGCGACAUCGUCAUCGGCGAAUUCAGCCCUCGCCGUCCAGCAUUGGAAUGCUACAAAGCCAAGAAUCUCGUCGAAAGACUCGAGCAGUGGCACUCUAAGCUACCAGAAUGUCUCCGAGAAAUGCCUCCUGAUGAGUCCUUGGGCGCAUCAUUCUGGGCUAGUAACCUGCAAAUGGCGUAUCAAAACUAUUACAUCCUUCUCUUUCGCCCCAAAGUAAUUGAGAACCUGUCGCCAGAAGAGACUGAGAGAGACGUUCGGGCGCGGAUGGCAGCUGACUCCAUCACUCGCAUGGCUGAGGACAUGCUGGCCUCUGGUACCAUCCGAUAUGGGCAAAUGCAUCUUGUUCCCGCCGUGUUCGGAGCGCUCUCAAUUCACACAAUCGUCAUCUGCCGAAAGGACCCAAUACGCAGACAAUUAGCAGGCAACAAGUCAAGGCAGUGUAUCCUUGCAUUAAGUGAAUUAGCAAAGCCAUGGCCAGUGGGACUCUGGAUCAUGAGGUUCUUUGUCAAUCUCUUCAGGAGACUCACAGGACAGGACUCAGCCGUUCCCGGAGGGGCAAUAGUCAACGUCACCUCUCGAAUUGGGAACAGCGAUGUUGAUUCCCGAGGAAGUCAGCCCACCGACAACGUACCCAUCCCCACCAGAAGCGAGGGAACCGAGCCAGCAAUACCGGCGGUGGCCAACAACAGGGCGCAAUCUCAAGAUCAGCAUGCAGUCGAUUUCAUGCCGCAAGUUUCUGAUCCGCUAGGCUAUGACUCUUUUUGGGCUGGAUGUCUUGAUAACUCGAUCGACGUUGACUUGCUUUUACAGCAUGGACUCGGUCCCUUGCUUCCUGCGCCUUUUGGAGUUGCACCCCCAGAUACAAUGGGCUUGUAG